UGCUAUACAUACGUUGGACGCCCUGAUGGCAAAAGCAUUCUGAUGCUUGAAGCAAACGAAAAGAGAACGUGUAUCGUAAGAAGGAUAGUCCAGCACGAGCUGCUCCAUGUGAUUGGAUUGUGGCAUGAGCAUAUGCGCCACGAUCGUGAUGAUUACAUCAAGAUCCACUACGAGAACGUUAGAGAAAAUCACUUGAACCAAAACUUUAGAAAACUCUCUCCGUCAGAAGUAACUACGUACAAUGUACCAUACGAUUACAGAUCAGUUAUGCAUUAUGGUGCGAGAGCAUUCACAAAGAAUGGAAAAAUUACCAUAGAAACAUUGGAUCCCAAAUUCCAGGAUAUAAUUGGUAAAUCGGAAGGUGCCACUCCUAGUGAUUAUCGCAAAGUUUGCGAAAUCUACAGUUAAAAAAUUCUGACUGAGGUCCCAAUAGAAGAAGAUAAGAAGGAAGGGAUUCCAAUGCUUAUCGAAGAGCUAGUUGUGAAUUUCGAGCCAACGUCAAGACCCGUUGAAAGUGGGGCCGAUCUUAUGAGUCGUCUAAAAUUUUAUGGACAACAGUGA